UAGUGGCAAGGCACAAAACAGCUUUACGGCGCAAUAGCCCAAGUAAAACUAACAUACGACCGUUUAGAAACAUGAACUUUAUCGAUAAAGUCACAUCAAAUUAAACACAUUUUUUAUGACGCAGACUUGUUCAGACUGUUUUCAUAGAUAAGAACGGGCGUUAUCUGCGAUAAAAAUCUAAGAGCGGCGAUAACACGACAUGCCAGUCCGAUAACUAUAAAUAUCGCGACAUCAUGCCGCAGUUAUACAACCCUGCGCGCACGCAGACUUUUUCACCACAGCAUGGCGGCUUCGGCAGCUGUAGCACAUACACUCGCACACAUUCACUCGUAAACGUUUGCGCAAAGAAAAAACACCGAAAAUUUGCAGCAUCUGAAAAAUACGCGUAAAAUUAUUGAAUUAUAAACAAAUAAUUGAAUAAAUACGCUUGAAAAAUGUCGAUCGGUGUACCAAUUAAAGUUCUGCACGAGGCUGAGGGCCAUAUAAUCACUUGCGAGACUAUCACCGGUGAAGUCUACCGCGGCAAGCUAAUCGAGGCAGAGGACAACAUGAAUUGCCAAAUGACACAAAUUACGGUUACAUAUCGAGAUGGACGCACGGCCAAUCUAGAGAAUGUGUAUAUACGCGGCUCGAAGAUACGUUUUCUCAUACUGCCCGACAUGUUGAAGAAUGCACCGAUGUUUAAAAAGCAGACCGGCAAAGGUCUUGGUGGCACAGCGGGCCGCGGCAAAGCAGCAAUAUUGCGAGCACAGGCGCGAGGUAGAGGCAGAGGAACGGGUCCGCCUGGAGGAGGACGAGGUGGUGGCGGCCCACCUGGUGCACCCGGUGGUGGCGGACGCGGCGCAUGGCAAGGCGGCCCAACAGGCGGACGUGGACGCGGCGGCUUGUAAACGAAGGAAGCGAACGGGUGCACAUUCUACUAAUAUAAUUUAAGGGCAUUUAAUCUUAGCGGGCGGGACGCAUAA